GAGCCUCGUCUAUUUACUCGCUCGCCCGAGCGGAGGCGAGAAGCGAUUGGGAUCGGGAGGCGAGAGUGCGUGCGUGCAGCCACAGGCAGGCGUCGGCACCAUGUCUUCUUUCACCGGCACGCAGGACAAGUGCGCGGAGUGCGACAAGACCGUCCACUUCAUCGACCUCCUCACGGCCGACGGCGUCACCUACCAUAAGACAUGCUUCAAGUGCAGCCACUGCAAAGGGAUCCUCUCGAUGUGCAGCUACUCUUCCAUGGACGGUGUGCUGUACUGCAAGACCCACUUCGAGCAGCUCUUCAAGGAGACCGGGAGCUUCUCCAAGAACUUCACGCCAGGUGGCAAGUCUUCAGACAAGGGUGAACUGACAAGGGCCCCCAGCAAGCUAUCAUCUGCGUUUUCUGGUACUCAGGAUAAGUGUGCAGCUUGCCAGAAAACAGUGUACCCGCUGGAGAAGUUAACUCUGGAAGGCGAGUCCUACCACAAGAGCUGCUUCAAGUGCUCGCACGGGGGCUGCAUCCUCACCACCUCCUCCUACGCCGCGCUCAACGGCGUUCUGUACUGCAAGAUCCACUUCGCGCAGCUGUUCAUGGAGAAGGGGAGCUACAGCCACAUGAUGAAGAAGAGCCCGUCCCAGGAUACGCUGCCGGACAUGGCAGCCGACGAGCAACCGCCGGAACCGGCGCCACCGCAAGACGGGGAAGGAGAG